AUGGGCAUUGACGCAGGCUUCGACAUGGUCCCUCGUCUCUCGCGAGAAACCGCGGAUACCCAGAAUUGGGACCGCUUUAUCAAUGCCAUCAAGAAUCAUUACAAGGAUGACGCCCAAGUCGAGACGAAGUCCAACUACAUCCUCUUCAAAGUGGGCGAACAACCCUGUCUGCCUUUCGAGGGCCACAAGUUCGUCCGAUUCAGCUCGAAGGUGUCAGGCCGAAUUGCGACAGAGUCACGCGCAGAGAGCUACAUCAACACGGUCACAGCCCUUGCGAAAGCCAGCUUCGGGGCUCGAAUUCAGUACUGGAAUGAGGCUUCCGAUCAGCUGGGCCACUACAACUGGAAUGAAGUCAACGAGUCACUCAAAUCCUACGACGAGCAGGCCGAUAGCGAGAUCUCCACGAGCAUCACUGGCAAUCCCCGCCUCGCGGGCACUGAACCGAAAGAAGAGGUUGACAACCUACUAUUUGAAGUCAAGCAAAUCCCCGGUAAAGGGAAAGGACUAGUCGCCCGUCUUGACAUCGCCGCAGGCACUCGCAUUCUCGGUGAGAAGCCUCUCCUCACGGCUGAAUCCAUGCCUCCCGAGGCUUUGGAGCUCGUCUUGGCCUCAAAGCUCAAGGCCAUGGCCAAGACCGAGCAACGUCAAUACUUCUCCCUUCACAACAACUUCCCCGGAAAGCCUGUGCUGGGCAGUAUACUAAAGACGAAUGGCCUGCCCUGUGGUACGGAUUCGUCUGCGGGUGGAGUUUAUCCCACCAUCUGCCUCAUCAACCACAGCUGCCUCCCAAACUCCCAUAACAACUGGAACGAGCUGUUCAAACAUGAGACCAUCCACGCCAUCCGGCCAAUAAAGGCCGGAGAAGAGAUCACGAUCCCGUACGAUCAUGGAGUUCCAUCCGCCGAGCGACAGGCGUUCCUGAAGAAUGCCUUCGGCUUCGACUGCAAAUGCAGCACCUGCAUGCUUCCGCCUGCUGAGCUCCGAGCCAGUGACGACCGCCGAGUCCUUAUCCAGCGUCUCGACGAGGCCAUUGGUGAUCCAUACCGGAUGGCGACCAAGCCGAUCGAAAAUCUUCGGGACUGCCACAAACUACUCGACACCCUCAAGAAAGAGUUCAAGGACUACACUGGAGCUCACGGCUGCAGGCUAUACUACGACGCCCUCCAGAUCUGCAUCAGCCACGGGGACCAGGCUCGGGCGAGUACCUUUGCGGACAAGGCGUACAAGGCCAGAGUCUGUUGUGAGGGCGAGGACAGCCCUGAAACCAAGAGGAUGAAGGCACUCUCGACAAAGCCAACUGAACACACGAGCUACGGCUUGCUGUCUAAGAAGUGGAGCACAACGAGGAAGAUGGUUCCCAAGGGUCUCGACGAAGCACAGUUUGAGGCGUGGCUGUUCAGAGAGCAACGCUAG